AUGGGUUCUUUCAAAAUAAUCACCAUAUUCUAUCUGGUCGUCAUAGUUUUCCCAUCUUUUCACCCCAAAUGUGGAGCUUCAGCUUCUGCUGAAGAGGCUGCUGCUCUUUUGAAAUGGAAAGCCAGAUUUUUGAACCAGAACAAUAGCUUCCUAACCUCAUGGAACCUUCAAUCAGGCAAUGCCAAGAAUUCUUCCGUACUUCCUUGCACUUGGUCUGGUAUUUCCUGCAUUGAUGGAAGUGUCAACAGGUUGAACCUCUCAGAUUGGAGUAUUAAAGGUAGCCUCUAUGAUUUCCCGUUCUCAUCCCUCCCAAAUCUUGAAUAUCUUGAUCUCAGCUUUAACCAGAUCUUUGGCAGUAUACCAAAACAAAUAGGUAACCUGUCGGAACUCAUUUAUCUUGAUUUCUGGGCUAAUGAGCUGUCAGGCAAAAUCCCGCCUGAAAUUUGCAACUUGAGAAACUUGACUCAUUUAGGUUUUGCAAGUAAUCAACUUUCAGGUCCCAUUCCCGUGGUGAUGGGGAAUCUGAUCUCACUUCAGUUUCUUCACCUGGAGCAAAAUAAUCUCACCGAUGCAAUCCCAAAGUCAAUAGGCAAUUUGACCAAUUUGAUUGAACUGUAUCUUUAUGAAAAUCAAUUUUCGAGUUCAAUUUCCAAAGAAAUUGGUGAUUUAAAAUUUCUUACCGAUAUGGAAUUAGGUGAGAACCAACUCAACGGUUCCAUUCCUAGUUCAAUUGGUAACUUGAGUAACUUGGAAGCACUUGAACUCUACAACAAUCAAUUUUUCGGUUCAAUUCCAGCUACUUUUGGUAACCUCAAUAGGCUGGUGAAUUUAGAUCUCUCUUCCAAUCAACUUUUAGGUUCAAUUCCUGUUUCAAUUGGAAACUUCAGCAAUUUAAGAAUACUGUUUCUUCGAGAAAACCAAUUUUCUGGUACCAUUCCACAAGAGCUUGGAAACCUGAAUAAGUUGGUCGUAUUGGAAUUGGAUCAUAAUCAGUUCUUUGGUCCAUUGCCAAAACUACUAUGUCAAAGUGGAAUGCUCCAAAACAUUACAGUAUCCGGGAACAUGCUUACAGGCCCAAUCCCAAGAAGUUUGAAAAACUGCUCAAGCUUACUUAGGGCCCGUUUUGACGGUAACCGUUUCCAAGGAAACUUGUUAGAGAUGUUUGGAAUCUAUCCAUUCCUGGAUUUCAUAGAUCUCAGCAACAACGAAUUCUAUGGAGAACUCUCUAGAAACUGGGGUAAAUGCAAACUUUUGAAAACCCUACUGGUUGCAGAGAACAACAUCACAGGUGGUAUACCUCCAGAAAUUGGAAAUUUAACUCAACUACAUGCACUUGAUCUUUCUUCAAAUUAUUUAUCAGGGGAGAUACCAAAGGCAGUUGGGAAGUUAGCUUCUAUGCUAAAACUAGAUUUACAUCACAACCAACUUGCUGGUGGUAUACCUCAGGAAUUCGGAGUGUUAAUGGAAUUUCUAGACCUGUCCACAAACUCCUUGAGUGGAGCUCUACCUGAAAAUUUGGGUGAUAUGAAGCACUUGUUUCACAUGAACCUGAGCAACAACAUUUUAAGUCAAAGGAUUCCAUUGCAGAUUGGGGAGUUAACCCAACUUUCUGAACUGGAUUUGAGUCAAAAUUUCCUCACAGGAGAGAUACCAUCUGAGUUUCAAAAUUUGCAGAGUUUGUGGACAUUGGAUCUCUCCCAGAAUAACCUCUCUGGUUUGAUCCCAAAGGCAUUGGCAGAAAUGCCUGGUUUAUUGCACAUUAAUCUUUCUUUUAAUAAUUUGGAGGGUCCAAUUCCGGGUGGUAGAGCCUUUGUGAAUCUAACCUUAGAAGAAGUAAAGGGAAAUAAAGGUUUGUGUGGCAAUAUUACAGGGUUACAAGCCUGUGAAAGUUCCCGGUUGAUUAAAAAGCAUGUCAAGGAUAAAAGGAAGGAAUUUGUUCUCAUAAUUAUUGUGUGA